AUGCUUCACGCGACAUUGGUGCUGUCAAACUUUAUCAUUCUGCUCAUUCUCUCGAGUCGAAAGGGGAGAGGGAAGUUUUUGCUGUUCUCACUCGGUUGCAGAGGGGUGUGGCUCUUCCCUGGAAUGACUGAGUACAAGAAACUUUGCGCCCUUGUGGAUCAACUGAAGCAGGAGACCGCCGUGCUCAUUGACGCCUUCAAGGAUGAUGACAGAGGAGAUGUAGUUGCUCUGCACUCGCAGGCAGUGUCGGUUCAAACCUUAAUAACGAAUUGCCGUCCUCGUGUGGUGAAGAUUCUGCACAAGGGUCGGGAAAAGGACCCCGACAAGCAAAUAUACAAUGAACGGAUGUGCGUAGCAAUUGAGCAACUCUUUGAAGACUUUUGCACCGUUGUAGGUUCUCUGUUUGACACUUCCGCAAGCGGACUAAUACUUUCAGAAGAAAACUUGAAUUAUGAGGAAUGCCCACCACUUGCUUGGGUCGAGGACUUGUAUGAUGAACAUGUGUUGAGACUGGCGCAAACGGAAGCGUGGCAGAAACGCCUGGCAGGUAACGUCGUGGACCUGGUGCGGAUGGAGGUAGAGAGUCGUGAUGUUUGUGCUGCCGAGGAGAAGCGGGCCCGGGCAGCUUUAAUGAUGGAAAGGAAAAGUGAAAAAAAUGCCGUUCAGCAAAUGCUUGAUGAAAGAGAGGCGGCCAAGUGGUUUGCGGAGAUCCAACGUCGCGAGGCGGAGCAUGAAGGGUUGCUUCUGAAGUCCAAACUAUACGAUAUUUCGGCCGCACCAUCAGUGUUGAAGGAUGUUUCACCUCCCUUUCGUGGGCCCUUGGCGUUGAAUGUGCUGCAGCUGGUGCGCGCGCUUCGCACAACCCCCGAAGAUUCCAAUAUCCGCCGCAUUCGGUGUAACAACUUGCGCGUGAUGACAGAGUAUGGCCAUGUUGCUCUAUGCAGCGAAUGCCACACCUGCUGGACAAUAGUGACCUCCACGGAGGUUUUGUGGUAUAUGCUGGGGUACACGGUUGAGUAUUCCUCUCUUCCUACAGUUCACAUCCCGACCUUGAUUGAAUCCAACCCAUCGCUUCGGCUUCCAUGCGGUGGCCUCGCAUCGGAGCAUGUAUUCUUCCCUGUAGGCUUCGAGGACUACUCUGAACGUUUGUUUGUCCUCCACGAGCCCAACCCUACGGAGGAACCGAAUGAGUGGAUGGACUGGUACACCCGUAUGGGAGCAAUAGUGCACUCUUUGGAAGCUUGCAAGUUUUAG